AUAAAUUAAUACUAUGAUAAAAAACAGCAUGGUCUCCAAUCCGAUCGUGUUUCAAGCUAAUAAAUUUUAAUAACAGCAAAAAUAAAUUAUUUUCAACCUAAGUUACUUACUCUUUUUAUUGAAUCACUCAUGUCUACUACUAAUAAGAAUGAAGAGAGCUGUAGUUGUGAUGACGAAGAAACAUGUCAAAAUUUGUCAAAAGUUAAAAUUGAGGAUGAUGAAGAUUCUGAAGCAGAAAACACUUUAUCUGAUCAUAGCAAAACUAGUGAGGAUUCUGUAGAAAUUGAAGUACCCUUUAGAGUUGGUAUGUGGGAUUUAAAACAAUGCGAUCCUAAACGAUGCACAGGAAGAAAAUUAAUGAGACUAGAAAUGAUCGAUAAGCUUGGAAUGUCUGCCAUGUUUAAUGGCAUAGUUCUUACACCUGUUGCUACUGAAAGUGUUUCAGCUAAGGAUAAUCAAAUUAUAGCCAAAUAUGGUAUGGCAGUGGUGGACUGUUCAUGGGCACGACUUCAUGACACUCCAUUUCACAAGUUACAACAUAGAAAAACCAAGAAAAACCUACGAUUAUUACCAUAUCUAGUUGCAGCAAAUCCAAUUAACUAUGGUCAUCCUAGUAAACUGUCUUGUGUAGAAGCUUUAGCUGCUGCAAUGUACAUAGCUGGUUUCAAGGAAAUUGGAGAUUUAUAUAUGUCCAAAUUUAACUGGGGUCCUACAUUUAUACGAAUUAAUAAAGAAUUAUUAGAAGGAUAUGCAGAAUGUAAAGAUGGAAAAGAAAUAGUUUCUUUUCAAAAUCAUUACUUAGAUCAGUUGGAUAAUAGUUAUUAUAAUAAAAGUAGCAGCACUGAAUCAUGCAGUGAGUCCAGUGACGACGAUGUAGAAACAACUGUAAGAAAUCAGUAGUUAAGUUACAUUUUCAAUCCAUGAAAAACGAUAUGAAUCAUAUUACGUGAACAACUAUUAAAAAAUAAUAUACUACCUACUGUUUGAA